GUACGCGACGUGGACGACGAACUAAUCGAUUUUGUAAAAUUAUUGUUCUCUAGUACGCUGAUAACUAGAAGUCCACUUGUAACUUCCGAGAAAAGUAAUACGACUUCAUACUGACUGAUAUGGCAACUAAAGUUAUAUGCAACGUAGCGGCGGCCGCUGUUGGAACUGCAGGAUUAUGUUUCGUAGCGUAUUCUGCGUACUAUAUCCACUACAAACGCCCAAAUGAAAGGAAAUUAAACGACCAACCAAGUGAAGAAGAAGGCGUUGCAGUUGAAGAACGCAAUUUAAAAACCAUUAGACUACUAAGCGAUAGACUAAAAUCAAUAACAUCGAAAUUAAUUUCAGGUUUUACUCGACAGGGUCGAAUAACUGACGGAGAAAGCGGUGGAACGGUGGUAGAAUACAAUUGGACAAAUGUCCAAUCGCUUUACGAACGCGUUAAAUUACUUUUACCGUGUUCACUAUCCGGUUUUAGUAUUAAACGAGAAGAAAAUAAUGGAGAAGUCGAACCUAUAACAAUUGAAGAACUCGAUGGAACAACGGAGGAAGAUCGUGAUUUGGAAAGCGACCGGUUAUUAAAUAGAAGAAUGAGGCAAAAAGUAAUAAGUAUAGUCUCAGGAAUAUUUUGAUCACACUGAGUUGGAUCCAUUCACCUAACAUCUUGACCGUUUAAUUUUGAACGAGUCAAGAGCAUUUUUAGUUUUUUAUUGAUUCAUCCCGUUGUACUCAAUAAUUUAGCUUUAAAACUUUCCAAGAUACAGGCCUUUUUCUUUGAGGAUACUGGGGUAAUAAUUGCACCUUCUUUCUAUAUUUAUAAUAAAUUAUAUCAAUUUUUCCAUAUAAUUGAAUAACUUAAUUUAAAAAUUAAUUUCUUUACUACUGUUCAAUAUUGAAAGUAUAAAGCAUUAUUUUUCAAGUUACAAUAGUGACAACAAAUAAAACAAUAAUUAAAAUUCACGCGUCAUACACUUUUUCCAUCAUAAGUUUAAAAAUAUAUGAUUUAAAAAAAAACCUUUUGAACCCUAAUUGUAGAACAAAAUAUUGUCUUUAAAAAAGGUAUUUAUACAAUUUAUCGUAAAUCUAUUAUUUUUUAUAAAAAUCGAAAAAAAAAAUAUUUUAUCAUUCCAAUAAAAUUAUUUCAAUCGUAUUAAUAAAAUAAAAAAUGAAAAAAAAAAAAUAAUUAUUGUAAUAUAUAUUAAAAUUUUGCUGUCGUUGCAUAUUUUGUGUACGUUGGAUAUCUUUUUCUGUAUUUUUGAAUAAUCUGUAACAAAAAGCAUACAAAACGGAGCUUCACUCACGUUUGUAGCAGUAGACAAUGGUUUAAUAUAAUUUUUAAUUAUGAACGUACAAAUUCGUCCGAGUGCAAUUUCUUUCGCUUUAGUAACUUUGAACUCUUACCUUAAUAAAAAAUAUCUUUAAGCAAUAAAUGCCUUUUGCCGUCCACUUAACUUGAUAAUAUGCACCGGGUUGACGUAUUUUUAUUCCUCCGGGCUCUGUUGUUAACAUGUCUAAAGCGAUCAUAUGUGCUAUGUCGAAUAAAUUGUCUACAUUUUGCUCAAAUUCCUUCACUUUAGUUUUAUACAUUUCAGAUUCACGACCUUUCCAUUGAUUAUAUAUACUUUUUAAUUUCUUCACGCAAUCUACUUUGUACUACGUUGUUACAAAGAUGUGCUUUUUUUCAAAAAAUUAUCCGCGAAGCUUUGCCAAACCUUAUCGAAUGUUCUUUCACGUUCGAUAAAGCCAUGUCCACACUAUACAACGAAUUUUAGCGUAUCAUUGUAGCUUGGCAAAUUGGCUGUAGCGCACGCAACUCCCCUAUCAUACCAUUUUCAGUUUAGAUAAUCUGAUAAUGUGUAGUAAUACAAAAAUAAGGCGGGAGAUGCCUAGUUAUGUAAAUUGAUUCAAACGUAUAAAUUAAUUAUAAAUUUGAUUACCUUUCUUCUCCAAGCGGCAAAUUGAUCUAUUGAAUUUGAUAUAGGUGACCGUAGUAAAUAAAAAGAUUUUUAAUAUAACAACUGUUUCUUUUUUAUUAAUUUUUUUUAAAAUAUAAAACACUGUUCUAGGUUCCCGUGCUUUUGUAAGAAUCUCUGCGUAGUCUUUUACACUCGCUUGUGAUCAUCUGUCCAAAAGCAACGGGAACAAUACAUACACUGUGUGUGAUUAGAAGUGUCCGGCCUCCUUAUAACUGGAGAUCUGUGUGUGUGUGCGUGUGUAAAUGUAUUAUCUUAAUUUGGUUAAUACUAACAACUUAAUCUAAUAAUUAAUGGCUACAAAUUAAUAUAAUUAUUUUACAAUAUUGACUAAAUAAUUUAUUUUAAUUAUAUAUGAUAGCUUAAGUAUUAUCUCCUUACGAUGAGUAAAUAUCGCACUAAAAUAUAUGUUAUUUGAUAAGAAAAAAGAAUGGCAUCGGAUGUAAAUGUUUAACUAUAAUUUCCGUUGUUAAUUGUUUGACUUAUAAUAUUUUAUUUUACAUAAUGUAUGAUAGCUUAAAUAGCAUAUCAUUACAAAUGCGCGCGUGAAUUUUAAUUAUUGUUUUAUUUGUCGUCACUAUUCUAACUUGAAAAAUAAUGCUUUAUACUUUCAAUAUAGAAUAGUAGUGAAGGAAUUAAUUUUUAGAUUGAUUAAUUGAUAAAUCAAUUGAUCCAAACUUAUUUUAAUGAACUUACAAAAACCUAAACAUGUUUUUUUUUUAUUUUUAACUUUUAUUUUAAAUUCUAAGUGUAACUUAGAAUGUAUUGGUUUCACUCAGAUGAUUACUUUUUUCUUUUAUUAUCCUGUGUACAAACUCUAUAUUGUCCUCCUUAAAGCAUAUUUGUCGUAAUCUAAUGGUUAAUUAUGCUAAUUCUCAUCCUAGGGGUUCCGAGUAACGUUGACGAAAAAACAAUAUCUCACGCCUGCCGCUAAAAUAACUGCGGUUCACUAACCCACCCACCAGUCACCACAGAUAACAUUUUUAACAUAACAUUGCAUUUUAAACUGCAAUAGACGCGCAUACAUUCACAAUAAAUUACUGUUAUAAAUUAUUGUUUAUGCCCUAUCCGUCCGUACAUUGAAUAUUUUUUUUUUAUUUUGACAUUGUUACUUGUUAUAUAUUCUUGUUAAAGUAUAAUACAGUGGCGUAUUUAGGGGAGGGGUACGAUGGGUGGAUUUUUUAACUGUGAUGUUUUAAUCAGCCUAUAGGUAAUAAAAUAAUAUAGUAUAUUAUACCCAUGAUAUUUAUUAUUUGUUAAUUUACUCAAUUAUUUAUAUACUUUGGGUAUUUUAAACAGCGGUGCCAAAAAAUACCCAGGAAUAAUGAUAUCGGGCAAUUUUUGUGUGUAAUCAUAGGGUGAGUUAAUAUAGUAGUUACCAUAGCUAUAGAGAAUAUCGUUUACAUCCGUUUUGUAUGUACAAUUGUGUUUAUAGUCAUUGAUAACAAAAGACGCGGAAUGUAAUGCUAAUAAUUUACGCUUUAAGAUAUGAAAAUUUAUGAGAAUGCCGGUUACUGUGAAGUGUUUUUUACAUCUCCGUUUCAUCUUUCAUAGUUAUAUUUUUUUUUUGUCAAUUCUUUUUAUUAAAAAAAAAAAAUAGUUUUAUUACACUGAAAAGUUAAGAGAAUAGACGAAUAUUUUACUACUAAUAAAACGAAUAAAAGUAAUGAAACUAAAGAUUCAGUAUUUGUGUACUAAUAAAAAAAAUUUUGAUUGUAAAACAUUAAAAAUUUAAUGUCCUCUUUAAUUUAAAAAAAAUUGCACGACGAUUGAAUAAGUAGUUUCGGAGUUUAUCCCGAACAAAAAAAAGCUACUUAAUUUUAUAUAGUAGUAUAGAUUAUAAACAUUCGUCAACGUGUAAAUUGCCGCCUGCAGGCGUCAUGAAUAUACCUAUACUCUAUACUCUAUAGGGAAUCAGCUGUUUAGUAUUUUAAUGUAAUAUAUCUACGGGCAACCAAUACAUAAUCUUUUAACAAAAAUGUCCGUGGAUAACACUAAUAUGGGCUAACAAUUAAACAUGCAUAAAUCUGCAUAAAAAAAAAAACUGACUUAUGAUGGUAAUUGUAAAUUUGGAAAGGGGAUACAACUAUUAUCCCAUCGCCCUUAAUGAAAGAGGUCUGUAUAGGAAAGUUUAAAAGCACAGAUGUCGGGAACUGCUCAUAUCAGCACAAAUUUAGGCUCUUGGUUUCGUUUCAAAGUUUAGUGGUAGGAGUGUCAAGGAAUGCACUUAUGUUUUUUAUUAAACGAAAACGAAAAUUGUAUAUCGAAAUAUAUUUGACACUUGUGAUGUAUACAUUGUAAACGAAAUAAAUGAGACUGUAUUUAUUAAAGUCUAUUGUUAAAAUUUAAAUUACAAUAUAUCAUUUUGUAUUA